AUGGCUCGUCGCGCUCGUGUACAGCGUGGUCAUCUCUUCCAGGGUGUUUCAGAAGGGCUCGCCCCGCGCCAUCCCCGACGACGUCCCGGGGUGGCUCCGAGGCGCGUCCCCGUCGCGGUGCCGACCUCGCUCGUCCGUCCGUCCGUCCCCGCCCCCCGCUCACCCCUCCCCGUCCCCCGUCCACUCCGCGCAGACGGCGACGACGAGGAGCGCGAUCCGCGCCCCGCGGCGCUCGUGACCGGCGCGAGCUCCGGGAUCGGACGCGCGACCGCGCGCGCGCUCGCGUCGCGCGGCUUCCACGUCCUCGUGUCGUGCCGACGCGCGUCCGACGCGCGCGCGGUCGCGGCGGAGAUCGUCGCGCUCGUCGGGGACGACGCGAGGGCGACCGCGAUGCCGGGGAUGGACCUCGCGGAGCUCAAGGAGAUCAACGCGACCGCGGAGGCGUGCGCGAGCGAGAAGCUGAACCUGAACCUCCGCGUCGUCGCGUGCUGCGCGGGCGUCAUGGCGUGCGAGCAUCGCGUCGUGGGGAGAGGGAAGGACGCGCGCGAGACCGACGCGGCGGUGAACGCGAUCGGAACGUCGCGGCUGAUCUCCGCGAUACUGCACUCGAGGAGCGAGAAGAGGUAUCAUCACCGCGAGCACCUCAGGGUCGUGUGCGUCGGGUCGUUCACGCACCGCGCGGUGACGAGAGAGGAGUUCGUCGAGUGGCUCGACCGGACGAACGCAACGUCGUCGUCGACGGCGACGACGUCGACGACGCGUCCCCCGACCGCGUUCACCCCCGCGGGGGCGUACGCGUGCUCGAAGCUCGCGGCGACGAUGCGCGCGUUCGUGACGCACGCGUCCUGGUCCCCGAGCGCGUGCUCCGUCUCCGUCGUCGUCGCGGACCCGGGUUUAGUGGACACGCGCAUCAAUCGCGAGUGGCCUCCGUCGUUGCGCCGGUUCUACGUCUUCGUCGCGCGUCUCCUCGGUCUGUUGUCCUCGCCGUCGCAGGGCGCCGACGCGGUGCUUCACGCGUGCUUCGUUCCCCCGAGCGCGCUCGGCGACGUCGCGGGGUACGUCUACGGCGCGAACGGCGCGAGGGUGCGACCGUCGACGCUCGCGACGGACGACGCGAAGCUCCGCGACAGAGUCUGCGCGAUGACGUUCGCGCCGCCGCCCAGCGGGGGGUACGCGGCGUGGUGA